GAACGAGACGAGAGCCACUCCCUCACCGCUGGCGCGAGCUUCCACCGCACUUGACCACCGUGUAACAUCACGUAGGUACGGCACCUAAGCAAAGGUAACGACCAGCCGGGUCCGCUUGGAAUGCCUGUACUACAGACUACGGCGUAUGUGCAGUUCUCCCGGUUGUACGGAGCAAUGCAAGGCAAGGUCUGCCUGCAGAUAGAUUCCUUGAACUCUGCCUGCCUAUCCCCUCAGGUUAACACCUCGAGUAGAACGGGGGGCGCCAAGAACCGCCGAGGUGGGCUGCCACAUGGCAAGAUGACUGCAGUAGUGGCCAAGGAGACGGGAGAUGGCGGAGACAGAGUCUUCUCUUGGGUGCCCUCCACCGUGUUUCAAUUUUGGGUCUACGGGAUACAUUCGCCAGUGCCGUUGGGUUCCUAGCGCCUCGCGCCCCUCUGCGCAAAUGAACGUCUGCAGCCCUCGCGCACCAGCUCCGGUCUCUACCUCAAAUUCUUGCGGACAAGCAAGAAGCGCAACAAU